AUGGGACAACAGAAUUUGAUCUACAGCUUCGUAGCUCGUGGCACGGUGAUUCUGGCCGAGUAUACUGAGUUUAAAGGAAACUUUACUUCCGUCGCUGCACAGUGCCUCCAAAAGCUUCCUUCUUCCAACAACAAGUUUACCUACAAUUGCGACGGUCACACUUUCAAUUACCUCGUGGAAAAUGGUUUCACGUAUUGUGUUGUUGCUGUUGAAUCUGCUGGGAGGCAGAUCACAAUGGCUUUCUUGGAGCGUGUCAAAGAAGAUUUCAACAAGAGAUAUGGUGGUGGAAAAGCUACCACUGCUAAACCCAACAGCUUGAACAAAGAGUUUGGGUCUAAACUCAAGGGGCACAUGCAGUACUGUGUGGAUCAUCCUGAGGAGAUUAACAAACUUUCUAAGGUUAAGGCUCAGGUGACCGAGGUGAAAGGUGUUAUGAUGGAGAACAUUGAGAAGGUCCUUGACCGUGGUGAGAAAAUUGAACUUCUAGUGGACAAAACUGAGAACCUUCGUUCACAGGCACAAGAUUUCAGAACGCAAGGAACAAAAAUAAGAAGAAAGAUGUGGUGGGAGAACAUGAAGAUUAAGCUCAUAGUCGCUGGUAUCAUCGUUGCCUUGAUUCUCAUCAUUAUUCUCUCGGUGUGUCAUGGGUUCAAGUGUACCUAA